AUGACACUCCGACGUGUCUUUUGUGUCGUCAGGUCGACUUACGUGGAUCUAAGCCUUAGACGCCCAACCAGCAGCCGUGGCAUCGAGAACCGGCCCCUCGAGAUGGCAUCGAUCUGUCCGUCAAUAGGCGGUGUCUGUCAACUUGUGUGCAUUUUAGCACACCUCAGGUCUGAGUUGCCGGACGCGGGGGAAUACAGCGGCUGGCGGGGUAAUUGA